CUUAACGGCGAGGCGCCAGGGAAGAACACCGCAGACAGCUUCCAAAUAGCAAUACUACCAAUACACGAGCGGCGGCUCUGCACUCUCCGGUGAGCGAAGCGUACUAAACUUUGCAAACUAUCGUCCUUUCCCAGCCUUUGCUCGAAGAGACAUUUGAAAACUCGUUCUUUCUUUCUAUCUCUUUUUCAAGUUGCAGUACUCGGAAAACUGAGGUAGGUACUUGUUUCCUCUUUUCCUUCGUGGUUUGAUAGCAAAUACUUCUCUACCGUAUUUAAGAUUGUUAGUGUGGGACAGUUUCUUGUUUAGUAUGUAGAGGAUUCUGGGUCUUUAUUGUUUUGAGCCGAAAGGUAUGGUCUUUGUGAAAUUCCAUGGUUGGGGUAGCGCAUGUGGAGUAAGUGAUGUAGAACAGAUUGCAGCUGAAUUUUAUGAAAAUUGGGAUCGAAAGCAAGGUUUUAACGGUAGAGCUUUGAAAGACCAUAACUUUCAAUCCGGAGGGAGUUAUGGGCCCAUAAUAUGUUUUCGGAAAGGGAAUUCUGUGCAUAUUAGUCCAAACGAGAUUUGUUCUCAAAUUCUCUGAGUUUAUUUGUUUUUCAAGGUAUCGACGAAGAUCGUACCUUCUAUGAGUUUCCGUUCUGCGUUAGUAAGGGAGCUUGUGUUUGAUAAAGCUCCAUCUCGGUAUUAAUGGCUGUUUGUUUUUAUUUGGGAAAAAGAUGCUUGCUUGAGUCUGGUUUGUUUAAGAGCAGAGCUAUUUUUCUGGAAAGGAUAUUUUACCAUUCAGCUACUUCAGCUUUGAUGUUGGAAGAACAAGUGUUUGAUGAAAGUCCAGCUAUCCACAGUCGCGUAAUCAAUAAUUGCAGUGGUCCGAGGACGAGGGUUGGUAUUCCUAAAAGACCAAAAUUAUUUCCAUUGGCUGUGCGUGUGGUUAAGUCUUUGAAUUGGGAGGUUACAAGGGAAACGAGGUUCCGUAAUGCUGUGAAGAUGCAUGGGUUUCCUCAUUCAAUUGAUGCAUUUAGAAUUAUUGUUCAUGUGUUUGCAUCCGCGGGGAUGGAGAGGGAAGCAUAUUCUUUGCUUUUAGAUAUUGUUUACUGUUAUAAGGCAUUUAAUCGUGAUACGUUUGGGUUGUUUACGGUUUUACUGGAUUCGCCACUGCAUUCAGAAAGAUCAAUUGUUGUCUUUGAUGUCUUGACGAAGGUUUUUGCAGCCAAUUCGAUGCUUGAGAAUGCGGUGGAUGUUCUUUAUCAAACUAAGAAAGUUGGGCUUACACCAAAUAUUCGUUCAUGCAAUUUCUUGCUUAAGUGUUUGAUGGAAGCAAAUAAAGCAGAUUCUGUCAGAAUGUUGUUUGAAGAUAUAAAAAUUAAUGGUCCGAAUCCUAAUGUUUAUACUUACACUAUAAUGAUGAAUUUUUAUUGCAAGGGACACUUUGGGCAUAAGGUAGAUAUUAAACAAGCUACUGAUAUUUGGAAUGAUAUAGAAAAGAGUGGGGAAGGCGCUAGUGUUGUAACAUGCAGUACAUAUAUAGAUGGACUUUGUAAAGCUGGUUUUGUUGACGCUGCUUUGAAUCUUCUUCGAAAUUUUGAAUGUAGAAACCAGCCUCUGAAUAGUUAUUGCUAUAAUGCUGUUAUCUUUGGGUUUUCCCGAGGUCAGCUAUGUGAAGCGUUAGAUGUUUUUGAAGAAAUGAAGAACCAUGGAAUAUUACCAGAUGCUUAUAGCUUCAGUAUUUUGAUCAAUGGGUUUUAUAAGAAAGGGCAUAUUGAAGACGGCCUCCAUAUAGUACAUGAGAUGCUGUGUUCUGAUGUAAAAUUAAACCUUGUAAACUACAGUUCAUUAUUUACUGGCCUCUUCAAAGUAGGGCUUAUUGAUAGUUCACUGGAAAUGUUCCGUGGCCUAAGUGCUUCUGGUUACAAACAUGACCUGAUUUCAUACAACACCUUAGUCAAUUUAUUAUCUAUACAAGGUGAUACGGAUUCUGCCAGCCAACUUCUGGAGGAGAUGAUCAAUAAUGGUUUUGUUCCUGAUUCCUUUACUUUUGGGAAGCUGAUUCAAAGGUGCUGUCAGUCUGGACCCUUGGGGAAAGCCCUGGAAUUGUUCGAUCUGAUGCGGGAAAGUGUUCACUUGCCUAGUGUUUUUGUUUGGAAUGUUAUUGCACAUAGAAUUUGCAAAGAAGGGUACUUAGAGCAGGCAUUGAAGCUUAUCUAUGACAUGCAAGAUCUAGGCAUUUUCCCCAAUUCGUAUACAUAUCAUCCAAUUAUUAAGAGGCUGUGUGAAGAGAAAAAGUCUGAAAAAGCAUUGGAACUCCUUCCUUCGAUGCUUAAGAUGAAUGCUCUUCACACCAACUGUUUUAACACACUUAUCUAUGGGUUUGUACAACAGUCAAAACCACAGGAGGCUUGUAUAUUGUAUGGAAGAAUGCGAAGACUUGGAAUCAAUCCUAAUACAGUCACAUAUACAAUUCUUAUCAAUUUAUUUUGCCAGAGAAAUGAAAUGCAAAAAGCCUAUAAUCUUUUCGAUGAUAUGAAAAAAGAGAGUCUUAUACCAGAUGAGUUUAUUUACACUUGUCUGAUUGAUGGAUUUUGCAAAAUACAGCGCAUGGAUUCGGCCAAUUUUUUGUUUGAUGAAAUGGAGAUAAAUGGCGUAACUCCUAACGCGGUGACUUAUACUGCUCUCAUUGCUGGGCACAAGAGGCUUGGAAACAUUGCAAGAUGUUAUGAGUUGUCUGAUGAAAUGAAGAAGAAGGGAAUUUUUCCCGAUGAUACUGCAUGAGUACUUGUGCUACAUUGAGAUGAUCUUUCUUCCGUUUAGAGACUGGUAGAAAACUGAGAAAAAGAUGUGACUGUUACUCUAUGAAAUGUGGAGAAUGGUUAUAAGAUAUAUAUGGAGGGGCAUGACCUUAACCUUGUAAUGCUCCUUUUGAGAGCAAAACUGCAAGUCCCUAUGGGCCAAAGGGGACAAUUCCUCACAAUUGUUGAGCUGAGUCGUUACAAAAGCAACCUGGUUAUAUACAUAUCUCAUGAGCUGUGAUGCUUGAUUAUAUGGCAUGGAUACAAAGCCAGAUAAGUAACUUAAUAUGCUCAUCUAUGGAUGCACGAGUGGAUUGUGCAAGGAGUAGAAGUUCAUUUGCCUCUGAUGCUUCGGUUGGAAUGACACAACUUUGGGCUUGUAUCUGUAUUCUUCUGAAUCCAUUUCUGUGGUUAAACUUAAAGCGUCUUGUUCAGCGAAAAGCAACUUUUUGGCUGAGUUUUACUGCAUAUUUGAACUGCAUUGAAACCAUCAAAGGUUUAAUUUUGAUGAAUAUAUGAGAGAGGAAUUCAAUUUCAGUUACUGGAACGGCUGGAGACUCCAGCUUAAAGCCCUAGCACUGAACAGUGUUUCAAUUAAUGAAGCUAUAUGGAGUUUCAAAAUUGAGCUGAAUAUGAAAUCCAAUUCAGAAGAACUACAAAAUCUCUGAAUUCACAAAAGGGUGACCAAGAAGCUCCUCCACUGUCCCUCUCCUCCUCCAGUCCUUCUCUAGACACCUG